GACUGGUGUUGGGCUGUCUUUCAUAACUGCAUUUCUGUCAUUGGCACACGAGGCAUUUUCGGGAACACUUCUCUUCGAUCCAACGACUGGAAUCUACAUACAACGAAGAAGGUCCGUGGAACACAACUUUGAACCCGAAUAGUGCGCCGCCAAGAGGAUUCCUUCGCAGAGCCAGAGAGUGCUUGAGAAGCGGGGACUGACUGAAAUAGAGAGGGGGGAAAGAGAAGGCAGGAAAGAAAGAAAGAGGAACAAUCAAGGGAUACAUGGAACACGGAGGAUUUGCCUUCAGUAAAAAGGAGGGCGCUGGUUCCCUCUAAAAGAGGAGCAAUGUUUUUAUUGUUGGACUUGCGCUCGUUCUCAUACACUCCGGAGAGAGGAAUCAGUUAGAAAUUUGUCGUAGUGCAGGAAGGGAACCAAUCGUUCCAUUCCCAGGCAGAUUAUCCAUGUGAACUCGAGAGAGCAACUUAUUCGUCCCAUUGCAUUUUUUCACACCAGUCGAGUGGAAUUUUGCUUUCUUUUCGUUGGACCCUUUUUGUUGGAAUCAUGACAUAUCAAGUGCUUUGGUUUUUUCUAGUGCUCCUCAUUAAAGGGGAUAAAGUGUACAGUGAGCAAGCUCAAUGCCCUUCAGAUGGAGAGCGAUGGACUCCGAUGAGUCCCGAAAAGCGAGUGGUCCGAUCGAACACAGCCAUCAAAGCCCUCGUGACUAACACCCAUGAAGAUCUGGGCAAUCCCAAUGGGUUCAUUGCCGAAUUUUGGAUCCUGGAUGUUUACAAAGGUGCCGACAAACUUGCCGCCAGUCUCGGGGUUUUGGGCGGACCCAGUGGGGUGUUCAACCUCAGAGACCAGCGACUCAAUGUCAGUCAUUUCGGUGACAAGUCCAAAUGCGAGAGCACCCCCAUUCUUCAGAAGAGCUACAUCCUGCUUUUGACCACAGAGUCUUUAGCCGAGAGUGUCAGUCUCAGUCAAGGCCAACUUCCGAACAUAUCACCUCUGAGUUUUGCAUCUUCAUCUUCUUCAUCAUCAUCUCACCAUCACUCUGCCAAUCGAAGGCCCCAAUCCCACUUGGUGGCUCGAUACGAUGACCCCUAUGGGGCGAUCAUCGAUUAUUCGACUGACAUGGAGGACAUUGUCAUGAAAGCCUUGGGUUGGCACGAAUGGGGCGAUUGGAGUCCCUGCUCUCAAGUUUGUGGGAACGGGGAACAGAAACGAAUUCGAACAUGUUCCACAUCUCCAGAUUGCCCGAGCUACAACGUGGAAAAGCGAGCUUGUAACUCUUUCAAGUGCUCCAGCGCAAUAAACACUUUGAGUGUGUCCGAGGAUCGCUAUUUCAAGCCCUCACCUUCAGCAUUUCACCGAGUCAAGGGGCGUGGCAAGGAUGCAUGGCUGAUUCGUCCCGGCUCAUAUUUCCUACUCCCGUUCCGCCAGGCGUUUGGCCGAGAUUUCCCCAAGGAUUUUACCGUGUUCCUCACUUUAAGGCCGACUGAAGAGUCCGAGGGAAUCAUCUUCAGCAUCAAUGCGAGGAAUUCUAGACAGGAAUACAUUUCGUUGGAGCUCAAUGAAGGCCGCUUGGAAUUGGUACACUCCAUGGCCAAUGGAUCCAAGAUCAUCGAUAUCCCGGCCAGGAUCAGUGAUGGAAAAGGAUGGCAUCAACUCGCUCUGAGUGUUGAAGGGGGGAGCUCAGUAAGGACCUACUUGGAUUGUCAUUGGAUCACCACCCAAAUCCUUCAUCGACACUCGCUGACUGUUCCCGAUAACGCGGAUUUGAUCAUUGGAUACAUGUUCCAGGGGGAAAUCGAGCAAUUGACUGUGAGCGAACAGGCUGGAGCCGUGUCCGAGCAAUGUUCCUCCUCCAAGAUCCCAGUGGAGGACAGGAGUGCCAGUUAUGACCAAAAUGCUCCUCCUCAUUAUCACCAUCACCUAGAGACAAAGGAAUCCACGGCCAGUGACAUUGACAUCGACGAAGAUCAUCACCAACAUGACACGUCCCCAACACUCUAUCGAGCCUCCCAAACCAAUAAGGCCCCGGUGUCUCUUCAAUCAUCUGGUCCCCAAAAUGGGCCUGACUACAUGGACGAGGAAUACGUGGACCUUGAUUGGACACCCGACACCACCAUCACAACCACUGUCUCAGCUCAAGCACACGAUCAGUCGGAUCUGGCAAGCAAAUCAAAAUCGAAAGGACCCGUCACGAGUAAAAACUUGUUUUCGACAGAAGGGGCUAUUUCAAGUGGUGCCAAAACUUCUGACGUUGGUUCACAAAUCGGAGCCCAAAGGGUCGAUUUGGAAGGCAGUGGCUCAUCGGAUGAGGAAGGCGAUGACGAAGAAAACCAGGAAAAUGGCCAUCUCGGACCACGGGAAGUCGGACCAAGAACUGGUCCUGAAGAGGCGGAAGGAAGUGGAACGGGAAAAGGAAAUUCCAUGGAUGAAGAAGACGAAGAAGGGUCUGGAGAUUAUGAGCUCGAGUGGUCGGCAUGGGGUGAGUGCUCUGUCAGUUGUGGCGCGGGCUUCCAAUCUCGAUCCUCCAGGUGUGCUGACAACGGAUUCAUGGAGGAAUGUAUUGGGGCCGGAAACGAGCGGCAGGAGAAGCGACCUUGUCACUUGGAGGCCUGCUCCCAAGUCGCUCAUUGGGAGAAGAUCCUGCCGGGACGGACUUGGCAGCGUGGUUUUCCAAACAUUAUCACAAAGGAGGAUAUCCACCAUUCCCGAGACCAAGGGAAGUUCCAUUCCGGUUUCACCACAAGUUCAUCCGCCCAGGCGAGUAAUGCACCCACCAAAGUUCCAAAUGGGCGGGAAGAAAAAGUUGAAGAACACACCAACACGAUCCACAUUGUUCCAAACUAUUGGGUGCCAGCCCAUCUUGUUGCCAAAGGCGGGCCAUUUGCGAAAUAUGAUGCAACCCAAGCUUCCGCAGCCGUGAAUUUGGUGUCAAGUUCAAGAGGGAUCGAUUGCCAUUGCCAGAACGGGGGGACAUGCUUCCAGAAAACUGCUUCUGUCAAAUGCCAAUGCGAGAAAGGCUUCUACGGGAAGUUCUGUGAGAAGGCACUCUGCCGCCCCGAAUGUUUGAAUGGAGGCCAAUGUAUUGAGCCGGAUGUUUGCGCCUGUCCAAACGGGUUCACCGGAGCUCGUUGUCAGAGAGCCUUCUGUCAUCCUGGCUGUCAAAAUGGCGGCACCUGCGUGGCACCCUUUCAAUGUGCUUGUCCCCAAGGAGUUCGAGGCGCUUUUUGUGAGGAGUUUUCGUGUGAGCCCAAGUGUGCCAAUGGGGGGUUCUGCAUUGGUCACAACAAAUGUUCCUGUCCACACGGAUUUUCCGGCCGCGAUUGUCUGGAACGAACGUGCACACUCAAAUGUGAAAAUGGAGGAGUGUGCACCAUGCCAUCCAACCAAUGUAAAUGCUCCGAGGGGUUCUACGGCAAAACUUGCCACAAGAGGAUUUGCAAGAAUUACGUGUCAGUUCGUGAGCCUCGCCGUCGACUCUAUCAGCAAGUCGUGGACGUGGCCUUCGAUACGAUUUGUUCCAAUGGGCAAAUCUGCACGAAAAGUCGACCGGAAUACAAGACCACUUUCAAAACCGUCUACCGAACAAUCUACAAGUGUGCCGAGAAAUAACCAGGAGCAUCGCUUUAUCUCGCCAGCCAUGAACUUGUAAAUAUAUAUAUGCCUCCUCGAGUCUGAUGGGUGUGUGUAUAUUUCGAGUGUCGGGGAGUCGUUUGUGAAUGAUGAUUGACGACGACUCGCAUAAUCCUUCUCCAAAUCCCAUACCUCAUGAGGACGAAUGGUGAGACGGGACGAAGAUCAAAGUGACUCCCAUAGAUCAUAUCAUCAAAAGCUUUUCAACGAUACUCAAAUUACUGCUGUCACUGUUCAGUGCUCACUCACUCACCUACUUACUUACUUACUUGCAUACCAGCAUACAUAUAUACACACAUACGUAGACAUACACAUACACACAAGCGCACACAGUCACUUACGUAAACAUGAUCAGUCUGUCAGUUUCACAGUCAGUAAGUUAUGUGCGAUGUAAGAUCAUGUACUCGUAUCGUUACUAUCAUUGUCAUAUGAUUGCUAUUAUCCAUUCCCAUUAACUCAAUUUCCCACGUGAUCCUCCUCCUUGCUACUAGAUUCAUUUAUCUUUGUUCUCAGUGAAAAGAAAGUAUCUUAUAGGUAUGCGUUCCCAUUUGUCGAGACUCAUUUGCCCCAAUCAAUCCCUAUCACGUGUAAAAAACGAGAAAUACAUCUUUGUUAAUAACACGCGGA